AUGGCCUCAAACAGCUCCUCCAUCGUUGUGAUGAUUCCCGAGCCAGUCAAGAACGCGAAAGCUGAGCCAUUCCCGGCGAGAACCUUCAAACGGAACAGCAAGCCAAGAAGAAAGGACAAGAAGUGCCUGAGGAUUGAGGCCAUCCUGAGGAACGCCGAGGAAAUGGAGGAGAUCAACUUCUUGGAGCGGAUGUAUGGGGUGAGUUGAUGGUUUUUUUUUUUUGCUAAUUUUAGAACAUAAAAUUAAAAUUUUAAAAAUAUUUUUUUUUUAUAAAUUUUUUGGAUUUUUUCGCGAAAAAAAAUAAUAUUUUUUUAUUUUUUUUUUAAUUUUUAAAAUUUUUGGGAGUUUAAAAAAAUUAAACUUUAAUAUUAAAGAAAAUUAACUUUUGCUUUUUUGCAAAAAUUUUUUUUUUAUUUUGAAUUUUUUUUUGAAAUUUUAUUCUGAUUUUUAUAAUUUUAAAAAUUAAAAAAUAAAAUAAAAUAUGCUUUUUUAAUUAAAAUCAAAUUUUUUUUGUUUUUAGAACUUUUUACUUUUUUUUGCAAAUUUUUUUUUGAAAAUUUUGAUUUUUUUUAAAUUUUAUUCUAAUUUUUAUAAUUUUCAGGAGCUUUGCGACCCAAUUGAGCCCAUCUCCGAGCCCGUCCAGUCAAGAAAGCGGAAACUGGAAGAGGAUUCCGAAACAGUCGAGCCAAAGAAAGCGAAGAAAGAAGAGAAGAAGGAAGAGGAAGAAGAAAAGAAGGAAGAAUUGAGCCCGCAGGUCUCCGAUCUGCUCUCAUUCUUUGGUUUAUUAGUGGAUUAA